AUGUCUUCUAAACUACAUUAUUUCAACAUUAAUAUACUUGCUGAACCUAUCAGGUAUAUUUUGCAUUAUUCCGGAAAGAAGUUUGAGGACAUCCGAUAUGAAGUGAAGGAUUGGCCCAUCAAGGAAGUAAAGGACAGACUACCAUACGGUCAAUUACCUUUCUAUGAAGAAGGAAGUCGUAUUCUGAAUCAGUCACUAGCAAUCGCCCGUUACGUGGCAAGCAAGACCGACCUUUUGCCUUCUGACCCAUGGGAUCAAGCUGUAUUGGAUGCUGCUGUUUUAAAUGUGUAUGACUUCUGGAAUAAUACCAAACCUAUAGCCAGAGAACAAGAUCCUGAAAAAAAAGAAGCUUUAAAAAAGACGUUCCUGAGUGAAUCAGUCGAAUUCUACCUGUCCAGAUUCGAAAAGGAAUUAAGUAACAACAACGGACACUUUGGUGGGAAGCUCUCUUGGGCCGAUUUCGUCUUAGUUGGCAUUGUGGAAGCGGCAAACCUCGUUUUUAAUACCGAAAUCGAGAAGAAUUACCCUACUGUACAGGCUCUCGUUCAGGAGAUUAGAAACCUGCCCGGAGUGAAAGAAUAUAUUGCUAAACGACCUCCUUACCGAAUUUAAUUUUGAACUAUGUGAUUGUUAUACAGAUUUUAAGACUUGAGUCACUUUAAGAUUAUAACUGGUGACAGGUAUAUAACUGAGAUGUUCUAAAUUAUUAUAAAUGU